AUGGCCAUUCGAGAUGACGCCGGGGACGUCCCCCGAGCGGUGUCAUCAUCGAGGCAACGACGAGGCUUGCUGCCUCCCGAGGUCGUAGAGCUUCUGCUGCCGCCGGUCAAGGUUGGCACCUGGUCUGGCGCCGCCGGGAUACUGGCUGGUGUUGGAGGCGCCAUCGCCCGCGACACAAAUCCGUUCGCCAGCGGUGUUCUAUCCGGUGUGCAGUGGUUUACUCUUGGGACGAGCUACUGGUUUGCGAGGACCGUCACGAUCAGGGCGUUGGGUGGCGAUGAGCAACUGCGACCGGUUGACAGGGUCCAGGCCAGCGCCGUGGCCGGUUCUGCGACGGGCGCCAUCGCCGGCUUGAUGAGAGGUCCUCCCAAGAUCCUGCCAGCCAUGGUGCUAUGGGGUGUGUUUGGGGCUGGCGGUCAGCUGGUCGCCAACCGAAUCAACACGAGAGAUUCGAAGCCCGCGAAUGAACGGGGGAGCUGGCUUGGUGGUAGGUGGAGUCCAUUGAAGAAGAUGUCGGAUGGCGAGUACGUCCAGAUGAUGGAGGAGAAGAUAUUAAAGGUCGAGGCCGACAUUGCCCUCAUCGAUGACCGGAUCGCCGAGCUUCGAGCCGAGCAGUCAAAGGUUGAAGACCUUUCUCGGAAUUCAUGA